UGUGUGUGUGUGUGUGAGUGAGAGAGGGAGGAUUGCUACUUUCUCUCCUCUGAUAGAAACACAGAGCAGAAGUUGAGAGCGCGCCGCUCCGGAUCCAUUCUGGAGGUUUCGCCGUUCUAAUCGCACACGCGUUCGUUCCGAGAGGAUCCGUUGGAGAAUUCUGCUAUGAGCCGGAUGCGACAGAGCGCGUGAUUGAUCAUUGAUGAGCGAUUGUAUGAUCGAAACAUUUGUCCACCUGCAGCUGGAGACGCCGGUGCGCUGAGCGCGUCUUGGGGGUUUUGCGCUUUUACGCAUCGGCUGGAUUUGCUCGCAGGAGGGAUGUUGAAGACACCUGUCGUGGUUUUCACUUCUUUAUCGCUUCUAUUGUCGCUGUCAUGUGCUGGAGAUGUAAAAUCGCGCAGCUGCAGCGAUGUGCGCCAGGCGUUCACGACCAAAGGCUUCAGUCUCCAUAAUGUGCCACUCCAGGAGAUAUCAGGUGAACAUCUGCGGGUUUGUUCCCAAGGCUACACCUGCUGCACUUCAGACAUGGAGGACAGACUCGGCCAGCAGGGUAAACUGGAUUUCGAGAAAUUAGUGGAUGAAAGCAGCCGCACCAUACGGACAGUAUUUACCUCCAGACAUAAAAAGUUUGACGAAUUCUUUCUGGAGUUGCUGGACAACUCGGAAAAGUCGCUCAACGACAUGUUUGUGCGCACAUAUGGCAAACUGUACACGCACAAUUCGGAAAUGUUUGAGGACCUGUUCUCCGAGCUCAAGCGCUACUACACCGGCGGCAACGUCAACCUUGAGGAAGUGCUGAAUGACUUCUGGUCGAGACUGCUGGAACGCAUGUUUCAGCUGCUUAACUCUCAGUACACGUUCACUGACGACUAUCUGGAGUGUAUCAGCAAAUACACCGACCAGUUAAAACCCUUUGGAGAUGUUCCACGCAAGCUCAAGGCCCAGGUCACCAAGGCCUUUAUUGCGGCUCGCUCGUUCGUUCAAGGACUCAUGGUGGGUCGGGAAGUGGCCAACAGAGUGGCAAAGGUCAAUAUAUCACCAGGAUGCAGUAAAGCAUUGACCAAAAUGUUGUACUGUCCGUACUGUGGAGGGAUGCCAGGCCUCAAACCCUGCGCCAACUACUGCCAAAAUGUCAUGCGGGGCUGCCUGGCCAACCAAGCGGACCUGGACCCGGAGUGGAACCUCUUCAUUGAUGCCAUGCUGCUGGUGGCUGACAGACUGGAAGGGCCCUUUGACAUUGAGGCCGUCAUGGAGCCGAUAGAUAUAAAGAUUUCAGAGGCCAUCAUGACCAUGCAGGACAAUAGCAUGCAAGUUUCAUCCAAGGUAUUUCAAGGAUGCGGUCAUCCCAAACAAGCUGGAAUCGGCCGAUCUGCCCGCGGGAUCUCGGAUGUGUUCAACAGUCGCUUCAGACCUUACAGCCCAGAAGAGAGGCCCACCACGGCAGCCGGCACCAGCCUGGACAGACUGAGGAUUGUCUGGAGGACGAUGCAACACAGCGUGAUCGACAUUAAGGAGAAGCUGAAGGAGUCGAAGAAAUUCUGGUCGUCGCUGCCAGACAGCAUCUGUGCAGAGGACAAAGUGACUGACCCAGAUGAGGAGCAGUGCUGGAACAGCCACACAAAGGGAAGAUAUUUUCCUGAAGUUGUAAAAGACGGCCUUACGAACCAGCUCAAUAACCCGGAGGUGGAAGUGGACAUCACAAGACCAGACACCUUCAUCAGACAGCAGAUCAUGACCCUGCGAGUGAUGACCAACAAGUUACGAAACGCCUACAAUGGCAAAGACGUCUACUUCCAAGACUCGAGUGAUGAGGAGAGCGGCUCAGGUAGCGGAAGCGGCUUCACGACAGAACCUGAAGUGGUCCACACCGAGCCCCCGAUGUUGGAAGCAGACAAAAGCGACCCGCAACCAACGGCGGGCGCGGCCCAACAGCAAAAGCCUUUGUUGCAGUUACUAGUCGCCGUAAUGGCCCUCACAUCGCUGCUGCUGCGGUGGAGAUAAUGGCAGUAGGGGGCACGCAGCCACACGGACAUUUAAGACAGACGCAGCGUCGCUCUCGCUGUUAGCCUUUCCGUAACUGGACUGGACGUUUUCCAAAAAAAAAAAAAAAAAAAAGAAAAAAGCCCAUGAAAAAAGGAGAGAAAACUAGCUAGCUAAAUCUAAGGAGAGCAAGUGAGUGUGUGAAAGGAAGAGCGAGCGCAAAUCUUUGCAUCCUGCUUUUUCCAAAGAAUGCUUGGUGCAAUCAGAAACAGCUUCUCUUUUGGCCAACUGCUCUCAUUUCUUAAUGAAGUUACUUUUCGGAUGAAAAAAGUGGUUGCCGUGAAAAUGGGACCACUUUCCACAUAGCUCUUUCGGAAAAGAAUGGGAAAAUAUAAAAAUAUAUUUUUGUUUUCCUUUUAUACUGCAUAAAAUGAGACAACAAAAUACGCUCUGGUGUUUUCUCGCCCCUCCCGAAUUCAUUGUACGACUAAAAAAAAAGAAAAAAAAACAAAAAAAAACAGGCAUUAUAAAGAAAAAAAAUAACAAAAAAUCUAUAUGAAUCAAUUUGUUUAUGUACCACUGUGAGAAUGCAUGGGGAGGUCAUGAGUAAAUGUUUUUAACUGUGAUUUUCACACAAUUUUAAUGCUUUUUCUCUUUUUUUUCUUUUGUUGAAGUGAUUUUUUUAAUGUUAUUUGCUAAGGUGGCGAUUUGAAGUCAUUUUAUAAGACAGUUUUAGGUGAGCGUUAAAAGAGUCUGGUCGAGUUUCCCGAGGGCUGCUCCUGCUUAAUUCAAAAUAAAUGAUCCAUAUCUUAAUAUAUAAAGGUUUAGUUAUAAAAUGUUUUCUUACAGAGAAAGAUUUAUUUAUAUUUCUAAUAUAAUUAUAUAUUUUGGCUUUACCAGUUAGCAACUUUUAUUCAAAAGCGCAUAUCUAACAAAAUAGCUCUUGCAAAGAUGUUUUUUUGCCCUUUUCAAUGCAAACACAUUCAUUUAUUUUACAAAUAUUUCCUUUUCAAUCUGGAUUCAGAUGUACCCAACAGACUUGCCUGAUGAGUCUGAAAUUUUAACCGAAUUAAACAAUUUCCUUUGCCCCAUAUGUAAUUCUGAUUUGGGAAAGUUUCUAAUCGAAAAGUCUUCGGAAACACCUAAAGCCAGUGUUAAACGCGAUCUGAGUCACGUUCCUUACGCUCAUUUAUAUACUUGUCAUUUUAAUCAAUUAUGUAUGCACAACCCACAUUUACUUAUCAACAGCUUUUUUUUUUCAUUUUUAUGUCUUUAUAUGUAACUCACCAUAUCAGCGUUUCACGUUUUAUGUAUAGACAAUUACAAAAUUAUUUAGUUGUGAAUCAAUGGGCCUCAUUCAUGAAACUAAAGCAGGUUAAUUUUGCAGGUAAUUAUUGUAAAACAGUGUUUCCCAACCAGGCUGCCGUGUAAAAAAAUAUUUUUAAUUUGCUAGUUGUUUCUUAGUUGAAAAUGAUGUCAUGUAAACAGCCCCUAAAUUUCACCGUGAGAUGUGCAUAAUUUUCAUUCCUGUGCUCAUAUCCAAAGUACGCACACAUAAAGCCGCCUCUCAAACGGCUUGCGAGUGCCAAAUUUAUUUCUUUUUCAUGGUUUGUUGCACUUAAACGGUCAUAUACACACAAAAAUAUAGUCACAUUGUCCUUUUUGCCGAGUAUUCACAUAAACACAAUUGAUUAUGUCCUAAAUUAACAAAGAGUCGAGAAAGAAAACGUAUGUGUAACAGUAUAUUGGAUCCGUGCGUCAGGUCUUAAAGUGACAGCAGCCUAAUACACCUGCUGCUGUUUUUAAUGUUAAUCAAACAUUAAUCAAAUGUUAAUCAAAAGACAGAGAAAAUCACUCACUGCUCUUGACUGAAUCACUUUUGGAACUUCUGUAUUUAUCUGUAUUUAAUUUUUACAGUGAAGACUAUCCAAGGUUAUUUUACAUUUAAUUACUUUAGUUUAUAUUGUAUCCUACCUGAAUAGCCUUACUGCUGUUAAACCUACCUGAAAAACUUAAAGCAAUUAAUUUAAUUUGUUUCUUUAUUCUAUUGUAUAUAUUUUAUUAAUUCCAAAGGGUGCCGUGACUGAAAAAAAAAAAGGCUGGGAAACACUGUUCUAAAAUAUAUAAAAAAAUAUCUAAAAUGUUUAUUGCAAUUAUUUUUUUUUUAAGUUUAUCUUUAUUUUAUUUAAAUAAUUUGUAAGCAUUCUUAUGAAAUUUGCUGCAUUGAAUGGAAUCAAACUGCAAUAGAGUUUUUUUUUAAUGAAUGAUUUACACUGAAAUCUGUUUCACUAAUGAGGCCCAAUGAGUCGCUUUGAAUGUUACAAGGGCACUUUCUUAAUUUCACUUGUAUCUAUAGUUAUGAAUGUUUCUAAUCCAGUGCAAUUCAAAUCCAAUGUACACAAUGAACAAACUGACAGAAUUGCCAGUUUAAUGGCUCAGACCUCCCGUUAUGAAUGCUGGCAUGUGUUAAUGUAUCGUUUAAUGACAGCCUCUCCAAACAGCUCAUGAUUUAUGGAAGAACGCCAUGCAUUCAUCCAGAGCCAUAAAGCUAUGCGUUACAGUAUGUUCAAAGCCGCCUGCUAAAACACUCUUUUCAUCAUUGAAAUGCAAAGACGCUAAAAGAUCCCUCUAAUGUCCUCUUCUCAGAGAUGCGUGAAGGUUGAAUUGAAGCAUCAGUGAGGACGGGUGUCGUGUAGAAUAUAGACACACAAACAGCUUUGAAAAUGAAAUGUGGAAGAGAGAGAGAGAGAGAGAGAGAAACAGUCCAGUGAUGCACUAGUGCAUCUGGUUUUGAAAGCAGGACAGGUAGCAGAAGACAAUGUGCUUUUUGCUCAUGCUUGGGUACUUUUGUCUUCCCAGAAAGGCUCAAAAAGCACCUCGUGGGUUUUGGAAAUGAGAAAUUCAGUGAGCCAAGAGAGAGGGCGCACUGUGGAAAGGUCAAACACGCCGCUGUGUCGUAAAGUCAACAUGAAGUCAGAUCUUGGAUCCUGCUCACUUUUUCAAACGUGUUCCUACACAAGAUUUCAGAAUGGCGAUUUGUAGUGAUGCCAUAGGAGAAAAAUUUUGGGUUCCCCAAAGAACUUUUCAGUGAACAGUUGAAUAAGUGUGAAUAACAUUUGAAUAAUCUAUAAAACCCUUUUCCACUUAAAAGAACCUUUUGUGCAAUAGAAAGUUUCUAAAGGCUCUUUAUGGAACCAUCAAUGGCAAUAUAGAACCUUUAUUUUUAAGAGUGUAGAUGAUUUAAUAUGAACAUUACGAAAGUUAAAUGGGUAAUUUCAUCUUGACUUUAAGUGUAAGAUGGGAAUAAAAAAAAAAAAUGCAAAUGAAAUGCAGGCCCAUAUAUGAACCCACAUAUGUAUUGCAACCAAAGUUAUAGUACUUAUCUAAACAUUGUUACAUCUAUGCAUUAAAACAGAUGACAAACAACCAAUUUCAGAUGUAACGAGGAAUCUGCAAAUAUUGUAAAGCAUUUUAACUUUGGUUACAAUUAUUUACAAAAAGAUAUAAUGCAUUAUGAGUAGCUUUAUAAUGCAUUACACAUAGAUGCUUUAAAGUGCCCCUAUUAUGCUAUUUUAAAGGUUCCUAAUUUUCUCAAAGAGACUGAAAACAGUUUGAAGAUUCAGUCUCUCUAAACCCCUCCUUUCCGCAAACCUACUCAGAUCUGAUUUGAUUGGCCGACCGCUUAGAGCGUGCGUCGGAAACAAAACUGCCAUUAGCAUAUUUGAUCUUCAGCUCUGGAUCUUCCUCAGCGCUUUAUACGCAGUGAUUUGAAUAUUCAAUUCUAACAAUUCUAGCGCGAGUCCUCGUCCUUUUAAAGUGCAUCGUGCAAAGUGGAUUUGCAGUUCUGAAAACAGCGUCUUCUCGACAUGUAGACAACAUGAACCAGACUCUUCCAGUCUCAGCUAUAACUACAGCGCUUGAGGGCAGGGCAAAGUAGAUUAGGACAGUCGAUAAAUUUGAACGCGGGCAACCAAUGAAGACCAUAGACUGGCAUUAUGCAAAUGUGUUACUUUGUUACGUAGGUAUGUGACAAGAAGUGA